GCUCCUCCCUUGCGCAGCUGUAACAUGAGCAGGCCUUUUCCCGAGCCUGACGUCAGGCGAGAGUUCAACGCCAAAGGCCGCCGCGGUCGCCACGACUUGACGAGCAACGCGCUGUGGCUGCCUUAGCGGCGACGUCGUCUGCCAUCAUGGCGGCCGCUCUCCGCCGGACACCUCGAACCAGCGCCGGCAGGCUAUGACAGCGGGCACACGGCCCGUCCGGCACCAGCUGCCGCUUCUCCACCGACUGGCAUGGAUUCUGAUCCUCAUCGAGACUACCAACGCGGCUUCUAUCGUAUAUCCUGCGUUGCAAGCUGAAACGACCACCGUUACGGGUAACAAGGACGCAACGACCGGCGACGAUCUGACCACUACACAAAGUCCCGCAACCACCGUGUUGAGCACAAUUAGAAUGCCAAAUGACCCAAUUACCAAGGCGGUAGGUGGUGCUGUAGCCACUACGAAGAACACGUCAAACCACGCAGUCGGUGCGAUGACUGCAAAGAACACCUACCAAACACCCAGUAGUUCUGGCGACCACCACUGCACGCCCAGUCACUCAAGUGACCAUCGUGCAGAGUACAACUAAGCUCCCGAGCACCCAGGUUACAACCACGAGAACCACAACCGGUCGUCCCACAGUCCAGGUGACAAAGUCAGUCAGGGGUGAUGAGAUAACAAAGAUCACCACGGAAAGCCCAAGCACCUCGGUGACCAAGGCGGAAAGUGGUGCUGUGACGACUGCGAAGAGCACAACUGAACCCCCAGUCGUUCAGGCGACCACAAAUAACCCAACCAAACACCCUGACGUUCUCAAGACUACCACAAAAAGCACCACUAAACGACCUGUCGUGCAGGUGACCACCUUAAAGAGCACUACUGCGCGCCCAGUCACUCAAGUGAUAACCAUGCAAAGCAUCACUAAGCUUCCGAGCACCCAGGUGACAACCAUGAGGAGCACGACUGGUCGCCCAAUUGUCCAAGCGACGAAGACACCUUUUAGCGAGGUGAACACCACGACGACCACCACUGAGAGUCCGAGUGUCACGGCGACCGAUGCGGUCACUACUCAGGUGACCACCGCGCACACUAGCACCGUACGUCCGAGUUUGCAACUGACAACUAUGAAGAGUACUACUCAAUUCCCCAGCGCCCAGGCUGCUACGAAGAAAAGCACCACUCAUCACCCAAGCGUACCAGUGACCGAGACAACCAGCAGCAACUUGUCAACUACAAAAGGCACCACUAAACAACCAAGUAACCAGGUGACCACAAUGAAGAGCACAACUGAGCGCCCAAGUGUUCAGGUGGCCACCACAACGAGCACCACCAAAAGCCCAAGCGUCUCCGUGACUGAAGCGGCUGGCGGAAACGUGACCACUGCGAAGAGCACAACUGAACGCCCAAGCGUGCCCGUGACCAAACCAGUAAGCAGUGAAGCGACUACCGUGGGAAGCACCACUGAACGCCCGAGCGUCCAGGUUACCGCGGCGGUCGGCGGCGGGCUGACCACCACGACGAGUACCACUCGAAGCCCAAGCACACAUGUUACCAAGGCGGUCAGCGACAAUGCGACCACUUCGACGACUACCACUGAAGGAGGCGUGAUCGUCGACGUCAUCGUGGUGACGAAUCCGAAGCCAGCGGCGUCUACUACACCGCCACCGCAUAACCUCGGCGAUAUUGUGCAAGAAGCCGUCGUGGCACCACAGGGCAGCCCAGCUGUGGAAGGCGGAGACAGCGUUGUCAUUGAAGUUGUUCCCAUCUUGAAUGGAAACGCAACUUCCGGACAAGGCACCGUGGGUUUGGACACGCACUCUACCUUUAAACCGAGCUCAGAAACAGUAAAAAAACCGAAGAAAAAGCAUAUUGGCCUGAAGAAGCAGUUUACGAACACUUACAUGCGCACUUACGUUACCAAGCGCUGUGGUGUACCCAACGAACGAAUGCGGAGAAUUGUCGGAGGCAAAGUCACGACGUUGGAGCGUUAUCCCUGGACAGUUGGCGUUUGGAUGAGGUACGGACAACGACCGUACUGCGGUGGUGUCAUCAUAUCCUGGCUCUUCGUCCUGACGGCCGGUCACUGCACACGCAACAAGGUGGCCCAUGACCUGCGCGUUAGUUUCGGACUGAGCGAGAUCGAUCCCGACCGCUUGCCGAGCGAGCAGCAAGAGCACCUGAUCGCGGUGGCGGCCAUCCACCAGAACCCGCUGUUCAAGGACAUCGUCCACGGUGACGACAUUUCCAUAUUAAAAAUGAGCAAGCCGUUGCAGAGCGGUGGCUACCCGGUCACGCCCAUCUGCAUACCGGAGGCCACCGAGACACACAUCACCACAAAGGACAUCGUCGGUACUGAGGGCGUCGUCGCCGGCUGGGGUCGAACCAAGUACGGUGGCGAAAGCAGCAAGCAGCUUCGGGAAGUUUGGCUGCCUAUUGUGUCCAACAACGCGUGCUCGGAAAUAUUUAAGGACAUACUUAAGAUCCGGGACGAGAUGAUCUGCGCCGGAGAUAUCAACGGCACAAAGGACGCCUGCCAGGGCGACUCUGGCGGAGCGCUCAUGUGGCGGUCCAGAACUGACGACCGCUGGUACACGCUGGGUGUCGUGUCGUUCGGCGUGAAGUGCGCCGAGCCCGGAUAUUAUGGUACUUACACUCGCGUGCAAAGCUACUUGGACUGGAUCUGCCAAGUCACCGACGGCCUCCUGUGCUUCGGCUCGUCAUCCUACAAGGUCAAGACUCUGCCUUCGAAGGACAUGAGAGAGAAGCAUCUUCGUGAACGUCGAUCACGAAACUAAUGGAAAAUGUAAA